AUGCUGCGGGUGAAAGACCCCAAGAAGUCUGUCGAGUUCUACAAGCUGCUGGGUCUUACUCAGAUCCGACAACUUGAUUUUCCUGAGAACAAAUUCAGCCUCUACUUCCUAGCCUACGACGGCCCAACCUCCGCAUCUACCGGCGCCCACUGGACUGACCGUGAAGGUGUCUUGGAGCUGACACACAACCAUGGCACCGAGAAUGACGACAGCUUCCAGGCCAAUAACGGCAACAAGGACCCUCAUAAAGGCUUCGGACACACAUGCAUCUCGGUCGACAACAUUCAAGCUGCUUGUCAGCGGAUCGAGGACGCGGGAUACAAGUUCCAGAAGAAGCUGACCGACGGGAGAAUGCGCUCCAUCGCCUUCGCAUUAGAUCCCGACGGUUAUUGGGUUGAGAUCAUCGGUCAGAGGAAUGUCGACGAAACUGCCAAUGUUAAAGAGACCGACACGCAGUCGUACCGCUUCAACCACAGCAUGAUUCGCAUCAAGGACCCGGAAAAGAGCUUGGCAUUCUACCAGGACGUCAUGGGAAUGCAACUCUUGCGGACAAGCGAGCAGAAGGAGGCUGGCUUCACCUUGUACUUCCUCGGCUAUCCUGGGGACUUUGAAAUCCUGAAACCGGAAGAUACACCUAACGGCGUUAACCCGCUGGCGGGCAAGGAAGGUCUGCUGGAGCUCACCUGGAACUACGGCACAGAGAAGGAGGAUGGCCAAGUCUAUCACAACGGCAAUGACGAGCCUCAGGGAUUUGGCCACAUCUGUCUCAGUGUUGACGACCUCGACAAGGCAUGCCAAUGGAUGGACGAUAAGAAGGUCAACUGGAAGAAGCGUCUGACCGAGGGCCGCAUGAAGAACGUGGCUUUCGUACUUGACCCAGACAACUACUGGAUUGAAAUCAUCCAGAAUGAGAAGUUGAAGAAGACAAACGACUGGUAG